AUGCGAGGCGCCGUCUUAGCCUUCCCUGACCAGGGUCGCUCCCACACCUAUAGCGUUCAUGAUCGGCCUCCUCAACUGUGUAUCGAUCGAAAGGCAGGGCGACAUAGCCCCCAACCUAGGGAGUGGUUACGUCCAGUAUGUCCCCCUAUAUUCCCGACAUGCUAUAGUGCCCCGGGGUGGGUAGGAGUGGGUCGAGUCCGUAUCGCCGCGGAGCAACAGCCGCGUCCGGAUCUGAUCUAUCUACUCGGCAUUUCAUCCGGUGACUUCACGGUCGCCAAAGAAGCCCCAAGAAGCAUCAAACAUUUUCGAUGA